AGUGCCCCUCCUUAAAGAUCCCUUGAACUUUUUAGUAUUAUUUCCAAUUUAAACCCAGUUCUGGAUUCUUAUCACCUACGAAGUUUAGGGUUUGGUUUUGGCCCAUCUCUACUCAAAACUCUAUAGAGUUGCACACACAAUAAAAAUUGGGGUGAAAUGGUGACCCCAUCGAACUCACUGGCAAAGAUCUCUGGAUUUGACCCAUGUAGUACUCCACCUGGCCACCAAUAAAAUGCAACCAUUUGCGGGGGGUGGCCACCACUAAAAUGCAAUCAUUGGAGGUGGUGGGUAACAACUCACCUGCGUUUAAAUGGCUCUGAAACACUCAUCACCUACAUCUGGAAGCUAAUCAAGAUAUACUGUCCAGCUCACAACCUAAGAGGGGGAGUGAAUGCAGAAUGAUGAUGGUGACUGGGAGGGUUGGGAGACAGAGGAUAUGUACAUUUGAACUGAAGUCAAAUAGAGGAAGAAACAACAAAUUGUGCACCAAAAAAACCUGAGAAUUCUUUAGAGGGAGGAAAAUAGCAAAUAUUGAAAGAAUAUAUUUGUACUGCAAACGUAUUCUAGCAAUACAUAGACUGAAGAAAAGAGGUCUAGAUACUACUGUGAUAAGCACAUUACAAGGGAAUAGAUGGGAGAGGCUUCAUAUUCUUUUAGAUGGCAAAAAGGAGAAUAGGGAAAGAAGGACAAAACCAAGAGUGCUACAGUAGUGAAAUUCAUCCCUGUACAGAGGGCCAGUACAAGCCUAUGCCCAAAUUAAAUCCAUAGCAUGACUGAUGGAACUACAACAGUGGGAAGAUUUCCCAAAAACCUCAAUGUAAAUGCGAAGAUUUUCCAAGAGGACCAGUUGCAGCUGAUCCUACUCCCACAGAAAUCAAUCGAAUCCUAGGAGCAAGAUCUAAACCCUGCUAUGGCACUAGCAAUGCUUGUGCUCUAUUUCAGGUAUCUGAGCGUGGACAUGAGAUUCCUGAUUCUCCACUACCUGGUUUUACCACCAUAUAAAGACACUGUCAUCCUGAUCUGAUAGCAUUGUAUGCAUUCUUUGCUCAAGUGUAAAGGAACACACAAAAUGUGAACCAGCAGAGGAGACUCAGCGUCCAGAUGUGUUACAAACCCAGUGGGUGUUUAUAACCCUAGUGUUUUUCCUAUUCUAAAUUCCUUUUCCUCUAUCUAUGCUAGCCACCCAAACUGGUUUAGCUAGAACAGCGUUUUAACUAAAUUAAAACAUGCUUUUCAAACAUAUUUCAGAGUCUAGUGUAGACUGGCUACACCAUAAGGAAUUUUUUUUUUUUUUUGGCCAAGAAUUUUCCACCAACGCGAUCAACAGUGCAGCCACCAGUCUGAGUCCUAGAGCCUGAACAAGGCUCCAGGUGCCCACCAGUACCUUAAACACCAUGUUGUCUAACCCAGUUCAGAGCAGGAUUAAGUGACAAUGACACAGUAGAGUUUUUAAAGAGAAAUGAGCCCAGUGUCAACAAGCACUGAAACUCUCUCUGUAGACUGAUCUAAUCAGAGGUGUGUCAAUGGGCAGGAAAAUCAGGUUGUGAUUUAGAUCCAAGAAAGCUGAGCUGCUUUUCAGGUUUCUCCUUUCAUCCUGCUCCAGAAGGAGGGACUGAGUUUGCCAGUGAUUUCUAGUGUUUUUUAGACUGAAUUCCAUUCAUUUUAUUCAUAGCUGGUUUUAACUCUUCCAUGAUCUUUAAAUAGGAAAUAACUUUGGUUAGCUGACUGAUACUUAAAAAAAAAUCUUAAGUAGUCCAGCAGCAAAAUAAACCAAUGCUGAGAAACCAUCUUCUCAUUUCCUCCCAACUAGGAGAAACUGCAGAGAAAAUGUUGCUGAAAAAGAGGGAUUCUAGGGGUUGGAAAUGCAGCAAGAACAGUAUUUUGCAUAGUAUCUUGGUGCUUUGGCUGUAAGCAAGAAGUGGAGAUGUGUAUGCACAUAGAGCAGUAGAAGGAAGGAAGAAACUUUUAAUUAGGACAUUUCUGCAGUUUUAAAAGAAGUAAAAUUCCAGAUCAGUUUUUGUUAUUGGGUGAUAUUUGUAUAAUGAUCCAUUGAGACUGGGAUUCUGAGACCAGACGAGCUAAUGCAGGACCCUUAAAAUGUGCAGGGGAGGGUCACCUGGUACCUGUGAGGAAGAUGGCUGCUUAGUUCCGGACCUCCUCACUCCCCACAUAUCAACUACUCAUCUCUAAUAAUUACUUUCCUAGGCAGUAAGCUCCUGUCAUAAAAGUUUAAAUUAAUUCCCUGGAUAAACUUCAAAUUGUUGAAUAUGGAUUCCAAUGAAAAAAAUGAGGGCCAACAAAAGACCUAAUUAGCUGAAGGGGGAGACCACAAGGCCACAGCAGAACCUAGGCCAGGAUAUCGCAGCACUGAAAGAAUUCCUUACAGAAAGACUGGAUUCAAUCUCUAAAGAGCUAUGUGAUGUAAAAGCUGAAAUGGCUUAGUUGGAAAAUGAGCUACACAAGACUGCCAUUGAAAACAGUGAAAUUAAAGAAAAAAACUGUUUCCUUAAUCUUACAGUAAGAAAACAGAUCUCAAAGAAACAACCUUCACAUCUUGGGCAUUACUGAGGUAUCUAAAGAAGGAUAUUACUUUCUUCAGAGGCUGCUCCCUGACAUACUUAAAUUGGACUCCCAGCUGCCCCCAUUAGAUAUUGAAAGGGCUCACUGAAUGUCUGGUACUACAAGGCAGGAGUCUGAUAAGCCCAGAUCCAUAAUCUUCGAGCUGCGGAAAUUCAAUGAUAAAGUAAUGUUAAUGGAUACUGCCAGAAGCCAAAACCCUUAUGUAGACACAAAAUUUCUCUUUUUUUCCUGACAUCUCAUCUGAGCUUAACAAAAAGAGGGCUGCGUUCAAUGGCAUGAAGCAAAUCCUGAGGGGACCAGUGCCAGAUACAGCAUCAUGUAUCAAUCCACCUUCACUAUGGAUUUAGCAGGUUCCACAAGAUUUUGCAAGACCCUUUUCUAAUAAAAGGCAUUCCUGUAAUACUGGGAGGAGAUUGGAAUGCUGUGCUAGAUAGACAUCAGGACAAAUCCAAUUGCAUGAAACCCAACUUUCAAAGCACAGUAGGCCAACCCUAACUGUUAAUGAAUUAACUUGAUUUAACAUAUAUAUGGAGACUGGGACACCCCAAAGAGUAUGACUGUACUUAUUUCUCUACAGUACAUUUAUCUUACUACAGAACUGAAUUUUUUCUUAUAUCUUUAGAACUGAUUCCAGCAUGACUAGAAGCAACUGUUGAUCAUAUAUUACUUUGAGAUCAUGCUCCAAUUAUACUUACCAAUGACACCGGUUACACUUCAUUAAAAUCUUCUGGGUGGAAGCUGAGCACUGUGCUACUAAAAGACAAAAUUGUGUUCUGCAAUUGAUUCAACCAUCUCUGCCUUCAUAUAAGAAAAUAAGCAUGCAGUUACCAUCUUUUGGGAAGCUCCUGUAAGGCAUGAAUACAUAAAGUAUGCCUCCCAAAAGAAGAAAGAGAGACUCAAGUUACUAGAUUCUCUGGACAAGGAAAUGGAUGUGUUGCAGAGAACACACAAGACUGACCCAAAUACAGGUCUGUCUCAUUUUACGCGGGGGUUCCGUUCCGCGGUUAGCGCGUAAAGCGAAAACCGCAUAUAGCCAAAACCCCAUUGAGUUCAAUGGCGAGUGAAAUCGCCCGCACUACAGGUCAAGUUUCCUAAAGCCACUAAAAGCUGAAGAUGGAUAUUAAGCGUGCGAAGGAUUAUCUGUACUGGCUAUACUAUCAAUACCUACUGGUCACCUGUUGCUAUGUGUUGGAGCCCUGGGAGCAAUCCAUGUUCCAUACUAUUUUUAUUACUGUUUUUGCUAUGGUGGUGUACACAGCUUAUGUCUUUAUACCUAUCCACAUCCAUUUGGCGUUUGAGUUCUUCUCCCAGUUAUUUGGAGACCAGCGUGAAAGUACUGUUGCCAUUAUGAACUGAAUUUGCCAGGGUUGAUGAUGCAACAGCUACUAUGUGAAAUGUCUUCUUCCAUGUUGGAGUUGUUUGUUUAGAAAAAGGUUUGUGUUUGCGGAAACAAUGCUUCCUCGUACAAAAGCUAGCCUGCAUAAUUACCAUAACUGAAAACCAGAAUAAUGCACUGAUUCCUCACUGUAUAGUUCAUAUUUAAAUAAAACACGAGCACAGCUUUUAUUCUGUGACUGUGCAACACCGACUAUGGAAUGCAUUACUUAAUAUUCAACUUAUCUACUGAGAAUAGUGUUCCUAUGUAGUAGAUCCUCAAUGUAGAGAAAACAUAUGUUCUUUAACAGUUAGAGACCUUAUUUCUUUAUCACACUGUGUCUAGAAUCAGGAUUUUUACACAUAUGGUUUUCACACUCAAUCAGAAUUUAAUUUUAAGAGCACACAUGAAAAUGUAUUGCAAACAGCAAAAAGUAUCUAUGAUGGUAGUUGGUAGGCUAUUAUAUUUUUUGAAUACAAGAAAGCUGCUCCUCCCAGAAGGGUACAUGGCAACUACCUUGCAAAACAUGCAAUCCUUUUCCCCAUCCUAGUUUACAGUGUAUCAGAAAUGUGAGUCAAAUAUAACAUGACCCAAGCAGCUGAAGUCUGUUUGUUUUAGUAGUCUGCUAAUUUUUAAAAUGGAUGGUGUCAUGAUAUAAAGGGAUGGUUUGAGGCUUUUCUUUUAGAUAAUGAGAAAUCAAGACUAGACGAGCAUUAAUCCAAUUUUUAGUACCUACGCUUCUGCUGCUGGAUUUAUGCUGGUUUAAUUGUAAUAAGAAUUUAUUAUACUGUAAGUAAUCUUGCAUUGUACUAAGAAUGAUGUACCAGAUAUUUAGUGAGUCUGACUUUUUUUUGUUUACACUCAACUUUGCUUGUUACAAUCAUCAAUUUUUCCCCUUUCUACUACAAUUCAUUGGGGGAAAGCAAAGCAUGUGUUUGUGCUAAAGGAAGAUGAUCUAGUAAACAGAGUGCAAUUUUCUAAUAAUUGCAGAACGCUGAAGCAUUUAGAUGGAAGCUUUGAUACAGAGGCCUCCUUUACAAAGGAGAAAGGAGAUUUAUUAAAACUGCCUUUGGGGAGUUUCUUAAACCAUGAAAGCGUUUUAUUGUACAUCUGAAUCAAACAUGAAUGCCAAAGAGAAAGCUAUAUAUGCAGAAUACAUACCUUUUGCAACUGGCACUACUGCUAGUGAAAGUGAGAUGCAUAAAAUGUAAAUAGUUUUUGAAGUAUGUUUACACAAUUAUAGCAUGAAGAAAUUUUCUAAUUUUAUCAAGGGGCAUUGGGGUCCUGCAUGAUAAAAAGAAUGGCAAAUUCUGAUGUCAAAAAUAAGGCUAUGUUUAUAUGCAGUUUUUCAAAUGCAAAAAUAAAGUUAAAUUAUUUUA